AAUUCAAGCUGUAACAACAAACCGUGGAAUAAGUCAAGGGGUAUGAAUACUUUCAGAAGGCACUCUCCAUAUUAUCUGUGACUGUAAAUGUCACCAAUGUGUGAACAUGGGUAAAUGCAAAUCUCAUCUGGAUAUCAUUACCAGAGCCUUCUUGAAGUCAUACUCCUAAUAUCCCAUCCUAGCCCGGUCUGCCUGAGGGUUGGACACUAGACUGGGAGGGGGGCUCAGCUCUGAGACAUAGUAUGGACUGGUUUCCAGGACAACCCAUUAAACCUAGUUCUGGACUAAAAAGCACUAGUGUUUUGUUAGUCCAAGACUAGACCUUAUCUGUGUCUAGGAAACUCAGCCCAAUAACACUGUAACUGAGGGGGGAUCAACUCUAAGGGCUGGUUUCCCGGAUACAGAUUCAUCCUAGUUCUGGACUAAAAAGGUAUUUCAAUAAAGAUUCUUCAUUGAGAAUUGAAUUCUGCAUUAGACCAGGUCAAGGUUCAAUCUGUGUCUGGGAAACCAGCCCAAUGACCCUGUGUCUGACCAGACACAAACUAAGCCUAUAUUCCUGGACUAAAAAGCUAUCUAAAUAGAGAUUAUUCAUUUAGCAUGCUUUUAAGUCCAGGACCAGGUAUAAUCUGUGUCCUGGAAACCAGCCCAAUAACACAGUAACUGAGCUUCUAUAUCUCUGGUACAGGACCAAGCUUGUGUGUCUAUAUGUCUGGUAUAACAGCAGGUUUCUACAGUGAGGUGCAGUAGACAGCCUGCCUGCCCGUCUGCUCAAUGAGCCUGUCUCCUCUCGCCUCAGCCUGGAUUUUAGCACGCCACACUCACUUUUAGCAGUCCAAAGUCAAAUAGUGACUCACAAAUUCCUCUGCUUUUCUUUUUCCAGGGAUCUGCGGCAGACAUUAGGGAGAGGCAUCGUCACCUUUCCUCCCUCCUCCUCCUCCACUCCCUGCUUCUGCUCGCCUAACCCAGGCCUAUACAGUCUCCACAAGGGGCACUUCUUUCCCGUUUGGGUGUUUGUUGGCGGUGGUGGCACAAGGGGUCAUGGAGACCAGGACUAGCCGAAGACCGUGUAGCAGCGCCGAGCAACACUUACUGCUGGCGGUCGCGCUCAUCGCAUGCAGCUCACAACUACUGGUGGACGCCAACUCCUGGUUGUCGUUAGCGAUGAACCCUAUCCAGAGACCGGAGAUGUACAUCAUCGGGGCCCAGCCUCUGUGCAGCCAGCUUACGGGGCUCUCCCAGGGGCAGAGGAAGCUGUGCCAGCUCUACCAGGACCAUAUGGUUUACAUAGGCGAGGGGGCCAAGACGGGCAUCAAUGAGUGCCAAUACCAGUUCAGACAUCGGCGGUGGAACUGUAGCACGGUGGAUAAUGCAUCCGUGUUCGGACGCGUCAUGCAGAUAGGGAGCAGGGAGACAGCCUUCACCUAUGCCAUCAGUGCAGCAGGCGUGGUGAAUGCGGUCAGCAGAGCGUGCCGGGAGGGAGAACUCUCCACCUGCGGAUGCAGCCGCGCCGCUCGACCCCGUGACCUACCGCGUGAUUGGCUGUGGGGCGGCUGUGGCGACAACGUCAACUAUGGCUACCGUUUCGCCCGGGAGUUUGUGGACGCGCGGGAGAGAGAAAAGAACUACCCUCAAGGCUCCAAAGAAGAUGCUAGAACACUGAUGAACCUACAGAACAACGAGGCAGGGAGACAGUCAGUGUACAACCUGGCCAACGUGGCGUGUAAGUGUCAUGGCGUGUCCGGUUCCUGCAGUCUGAAGACGUGCUGGCUCCAGCUGGCAGACUUCCGCCGCGUUGGAGAGUUCCUGAAGGAGAAGUACGACAGCGCCGCCGCCAUGCGCAUCGGACGCAAACGAAAACUGGAGCAGGUGGACAAACGCUUCAACGCCCCGACCCCCGAGGACCUGGUCUACAUCGACCAGAGCCCAGACUACUGUCUGAAGAACGAGACCACCGGCUCCAUGGGAACCCUGGGGAGACUCUGUAACAAGACGUCAGAGGGGAUGGACGGGUGUGAGCUGAUGUGCUGUGGGAGAGGAUAUGACCAGUUCAAGACCUAUAAGCAUGAGAGAUGCCACUGCAAGUUUCACUGGUGUUGUUACGUCAAGUGUAAGAGGUGCACUUCCCUGGUGGAUCAGUUUGUCUGCAAGUAGCCAAGGAAGGGAGGGAGAAAUAAAAUGAGAGAAGAGUUUGGACGAUGGAUGGAUGGAUGGAUGGACAGUUCGACAUGGGGAAGGGAGGGGUUGGAAUGGAAGGACAUGUAGCCUAUGAGGGGUGUGAGAUUAGAUAACAAUAAGAAAUAAAUAAAUAAAUAUAUAAAUAAAUAAAGUAAGCAAAUGCGUUGAUAGUAAUUGAAUGAGACUUUUCUAUGACUCAAGCUGCCUGAGGGAGGACUUGACUGACAAGCAGGCGAAUGCCAAACAGAAAGGCCUGCUAUGUCUGUUCGUUUUGUUUGUUGUCUCCUGGUCGGCAAUUUGCUUCCCCUCCCCUUCGCAACUGUCCCCUGAUUGGUGGCUUGUGCCGUGAUGACCAGGAAGUGAUGUCACCAGUAUCCUUGUUCCCUGGUUGGUGGAAUGGGAGGGGGGGGCUGGAUAGACUCCUCUUUUACUUUACAGACUCUUCAGAGCAAGAGAGAGCGAGGAAGUCAGAGAGCGAGAGAGAGGGAAAGAGAAAGAUAGAAAGGGAUGGAUCCCAAUGAACUGUGCCAAAGCUCCUUUGACCUCCUCUUCCACUCACUCACUCCCCUCUUCUCCACCCUUCCCACCACAGGUUGUUUUUGCAUUCUGUUUUACAUCUCACCCUCUUUUCAUCACCCCUUUUUCAUCACCCUCUUACCAUCACCCUGGUAGAGCGCUUAGAAACCACCAGCCCAAGCCAAAGGACACCACCUCACACAUGAACUGUUGAGUUUGGAACUCUGGAACUCUGGAACCAUGGAACCACAGCAGGUGUUCUAUACAUUUACCCACUACACAUCAUGUUGACCUCUAGCCUUGAAGACAGGACAGCUCAUGAAAGCGAACAUAGCUCUGUGUACACAUAGGGACCAUGUGAGUCCCAGAGGACAAGAAGAACAAGAGUUGUGUGGUUUGAAGGGAGGAGGACUCGGAGACCUUGGCUGGACAUGUUUGAACAAGAGAAGAAGAGAGGGAGAGAAAACGCCAGCAUCCUUCUACAAAACACAGGCCUCUCACUCUACCUUUAAAUGAAUGGUGUUAGUCAUCUUACAGUAUCAUUACCUUGUCUGGACUUGGUUACUGGUCACUGGCCCGUGGCCGCUAACUGUCCAAUAACAUCCUGCUGUAUCUCUUUAUUCAACAGGUGGGCCACAGCUAUUGUGACCAUACAAUAGUCAUCUCUAAGCCAAUGUCAUGAAAUUCACACAGCUACCAGACGAACAUGUCUACCGCACAGCUAUGUUAGAGGAUGUAACAAAUGUGUUAUAGAGUUCAAAUGUGUGUCUGGGAAUUAAUUAGAAGAAGAAGAAAAACGAAACAGAGGAACUCGGAGAGAGGACUGCAAAUAAUUAUUGUGGGUAUAGGGUACAUAAAAAUAGUUGUCCAUCAAAAAUUAUAUUUUUAUUAAUAAUUACUUUUUCAUUUUAUACUUCAUAUAUGUAUUAUUUUGAUGAUCCUGUCUUUGACAUGGAGGCUUUGGUUGCGUCCUAUUCCCUAUGUAGUGCACUACUUGUUGCCAGAGCCCUAUGGGCCCUGUUCAAAAGUAGUGCACUAUAUAGGGAAUAUGAUGCCAUAUGGGACACACACUUUUAGACAUUGUUGUUCAACGGAACCUCUAUCUCUGGUGUUCAUUCCUGCUUGGAAUGUCUAUUGUCCAAUCCCUGCCAACGCUGCCCACUGUUCAGCCAAUGACAGACAAGUCUUUCCUUUGUCAUCCAAUGAGUGUUGUGGCAAAGUACUACUCAUGUAAAUAUCAGCAGCCCUUAUCCUUAUAUGCAGAUAAUUACACUUUUGCAACAUAUAGACUCCAGGCCUCUCGGAGUGUGUUCUUGUCUAUAUUAUUCUCUCUGAAAGAUUGUUGUCGUGAUGCGAUCCAUAAUUAUGCUCCACGUGUAUAUUGUAUUGUCCCCCCCCCCUUCAAAACAGAAAUAUUAAACCAAUAAUAGUGAUGAUUAUAAUAACUA